CUUGAUAUGAAAAAUGGUGGUGUUGUUGAUAGUUUUCUCAUGAUUAGGAUUUUAGAUGAUACUUAGAUGGUACUCUGCUCUCAAUUUGGACGUGAGGUAGUACGUGCAUGCAUCGAUUAAUAUGAUUUCUAGGAUUGAGUGGUGGGGAUGUUAAUAUGAGUUACAUGUAAUUUUAUUCCAUAGUUUUAGGAAUGUACAUAUUAUAUUUUGAGCGCUGGUAUAUUGUGCUUAAUUAGUAUAUACUUUGUUUCCAUAAUUAUUUUGUUUUUGUUUCCAUAAGUAUUUUUUUAUUUCACAUGGCAAUUGAAUUUAUGUAUCUGCAGUGCACAUGGCAAUGAGCGAUGCCCGGUACAAGCUGCUUGGUGGUGGACAGUACCCAUCCGAGUGUGAUGAGGAUGCCCCAGUCCCUCCUGCCCUUCCAGUUCCAUUCUGUCGUUGUGAACCGGGCAAUCAGCUGGCAGAGGUGAAGCAAUCGAGGCAUCCCAAGACGGUCGGUAGAGCAUUCUACAUAUGCAAGUGGAAUGAUUCAUUGAAUCCUUGCCACUGCUUUUUCUUUCAGUGGAUCGAUGGUCCGGAUAAGUUCGAUCCUAGAAUUCGGCUAUUCCCUUAUUAUCGGUCAAAGUCGUGGGCGUACAAUGAGUUUAGACGAUGGGUCCCUCCCCCACCAAAUCCACCACCUAUGACAGAGGAAGAGAAGCAAGAAGCUGCUAUAUAUCGUGUGAACAAUCCUCCCAAAUGUCAUUGCGGUAUUCGUGCCAAACUUCAAAGGCCUAAUAUUGGUGUCCCUCCAAAGUUCACUCCCUUUUUUAGAUGCUCGCUAAAGACUAGAGAUGGAUGGCCGGCAUGUGACUUCAAUGAGUAUAUUUAUGGUCCUAGAUCUCAUUGGCCGACAGAAGAGGAAGUGUGAGAAUUUGAGAGUGGGAAGAAGCCAUGGCCAUGUACAACUGCUCCUAGUCUUUGAUGCAAGUGUGGUAUUCUGGCCACAAAAGGCGUAGUUCCUUCUGAGCUUGGCUAUGGAUAUUACUAUGGCAAUAGCUACGGAGAGUAUUGGGUUCGUAUAUUAACCACAAAGUUGAAACUCCUUAUGAUUCUGUCAUUGUGCUAGUAUUUGGUAUAUUAACAUUUCUGAAUGUUUGGCUCUCAAUAAUUUUUCAGGAGGGAA